GCCAUCUUGAAUGGCAUGGCCCAGCUACACAGUGCGUGAUAAAAAGACAUGCAAUUUAUCGCGAAGCGCUUUAUACUUUGCCACACGAAAGUGUAUAAAACUUAGUGACUGUUCAUCGAGCGAAAUUUUUGCACGAUGGAAGCGGUCAAAGCAUUUAACGCAGAGCUUUCUGCGCUGUAUGAUGUUAAACCGCCAAUUUCCAAAGCUAAAAUGAAUUCUCUUACACGCGGAGCUAUUAAAGCAAUAAAAUUUUAUAAGCAUGUUGUACAAAGCGUGGAAAAAUUUAUUCAAAAAUGUAAACCGGAAUAUAAAGUGCCGGGAUUAUACGUAAUAGAUUCAAUUGUAAGACAGUCAAGACAUCAAUUUGGAAUGGAAAAGGAUGUUUUUGCACCUCGUUUUGCAAAAAAUAUGCAAACUACUUUUCUUAAUCUUUUAAAAUGCCCACAGGAAGAUAAAAGCAAAGUUAUACGUGUAUUAAAUCUUUGGCAAAAAAAUGCAGUUUUCCCUCCAGAAGUCAUACAACCACUUUUUGAUUUAGCUGAUCCCAAUCAUCCUAUUCAUAAAGAACAACCAGUUAACGCAAACGGUACGUUGAACGCAUCAUCUGGUAAUAACCUGAGCAAUAUUUCUGCAGUAACAAAGACUCCUCCAUCUACCGUAAAAGUUGUUGCAAAAGAUCAGAAAUUAUUUUCUUCCACUAAACCGAUUGAUCCAGUAUGGCUAGCACAAACAAAGAUAGAAACAGCUAACAUAGGGCAAUCUAAUGCAAAUCAAGUUGACUCAUCGUUUCUUGAUCAAUUACAACAUUUACAACAACUCUUGUUGAAGAAGCAAGAGGCUACAAAUGAAUCGAAGACUUCCGUAAAAUUUGAUAAAAAGCUUUUGGAUUUUGAUUAUGGAGAAGAAGAAGAUGAUGACGUUGUGGUUGCAAGUUCCCCUACUACUGCUACCACUGCUGCAUCUCAACAUAAUGCUGUAUCCACAAGUAAUAGUUUGGAAAGUCUUGGAUUGCUAUUGACAAAUCCUGAGGUACUUAGGCAACUACAGACAUUACAACAAACAAUGCAAGGAAAUAUAUCUUCUUCGCAACAUGAAAUGGAAGAAAAAAUGCGUAAAUUGCAACAGAUGAAACAACAAGAGGAAGAAUUUGAUAAACAUUUGGCUCAAACUGUUCCUAAUUUACCUUUUGCAUCAGAAUGCGAGCUGAAACCUACAGACAUUCUGAAACCAAAUCAACAAAGUACAUAUUCAACAAGUACAACUACUGGAGUUAUUCAAGAUAUGAGCCAACCACCGCCUGGUUAUCCUCCAGCUAUGCCAUAUGUUUCGCAACCUUUGUCAAACAUGAGGCAAAUAAAUCAAACUGGUCAUCAAAAUCAAAAAAGUCCUUUACUCGACGAACGCCAAGAGUCACAAGAUUUUUCUGGAAAUGGUGCAAGACGCGAUAGUAGUAGUGUUGAAAUUGUAAAUUGUGAUAAUACUCGAUCACAAAGUAGAUCGCCUGAGAGAUAUAGACAUCAUAGUCGGUCUAGAUCACCUCGGCAUAGAGAUAGAGAUAGAGAUAGAGACAGAGAUAGAAAAUCUCGAUCUAGAAGUAGAUCAAGAAGAAGAAGAUCACGAUCUAGAGAUAGAGGCCGCGAUAGAAAAAGAGAUGACAGUCGAGAAAAAAUGACCGAAGAGGAAAGAGAAAAGGAAAGAGAACGUCGUAAGCGUGGAUUACCUCCGAUAAUUAGAGAUAAAUUAAGCGUUUGCAGUACAACACUUUGGGUCGGUCACCUUUCUAAAUUAGUACAUCAGGAAGAGUUAUCUGACACAUUUGGAGAGUUUGGUGACAUUGUUAGUAUUGAUCUCAUAUCACCUAGGGGUUGUGCUUUUAUUUGUAUGAACAGAAGGCAAGAUGCAUAUCGCGCUCUUACAAAAUUAAAGAAUCAUAAAAUGCAAGGAAAAGCUAUAACUUUAGCAUGGGCUCCAGGUAAAGGAGUCAAAGGAAAAGAAUGGAAAGAUUAUUGGGAAGUAGAACUUGGUGUUAGUUAUAUUCCAUGGAAUAAGUUACUUAAUAUUACGGAUCAAGAUCUAGAAUUAUUGGAAGAAGGUGGUAUGAUAGAUGAAGAUACAUUACCACCAAAUUUGAAAGGAAAAUUGAAGCAUUCUGGCGGGAAUAUAGAUAUCAUGCAACAUCAAUUACAAAUGCAACAACAGGCGUUAGCUGCUGCAUCGGUAAUUGGUGCUCCAAUUUCAACAUUAACAAAUGAUAUUGUAAAUGUUAUAAAUAUUUCUAAUGCUUCUACUCAACAGCAGCAACAGCCGCAAUUAGUUGAUACCAGCCAACCACCGCCAAUACGACCACCAACAUCAGCUGCACUUUUGCCUCCUCCGAACACACAAUUACAAAUGAUGCCAUCAGCUUUUACAAUGACUGGUGUUCCUCGUAUGAUAGGACCUAUGGGUCUCCCUAUGGCACACAGUUUAAUGCCUAAUGUUCCAAUUGGAGUACCUCCACCCAAUAUGCAAAGUCUCUUGGGACCUCCAGGAAUGAUGCAGACUAUGCUGACUCCUCCUGUCAAUUCUCCAUUUGGUGCAAGCGUUGGUGUAGGUCUUUUAACACAAAUUCCAUUACCUGCACCAGCUGCACCAUCGGAUAAACCAAAUUCAACUGGGAUGCCACACAAUGUUCCACCGAUAGGAGUACCUCCACCUACCUCAGAAACAAACAUACCAAAUCUACCAAUGCUUCGUCAGUCUUACGGAGUAGGGCCAGCACCGCCGAUGCAAAUGCAACUACCUCAACAUCACUCCGAUGAUAUGGAUGUUGAAAUGGAAGAUGCCAUGCCACUGAACGUGAGCAACAACACUUCCAAAGAGAAACCAAAUUUGAGUGAUCAGCUUAUAGCGGCAAUGAACAUGGGUGCAGGCACAAGUGACAAUAGGCUAGAAAAUGAUCAACAAAAUAUCGAUUAUAAAGAGAGAGAUAGAGAUCGUGAAAAUAGAGAUAGAAGGGAUCGUGAACGUGACAGAAGUGAUCGUAGUGAUGUCAAUGAUUCCAGGAUGGAUCGUGGAAGAGACAGAGGCAGAGGAAGAGAUCGAGGUCGUGAUCGCCGUAGAGAUACAAGAGAUGGAAGAGAAAGGGAUAGAGAUGAUAGGAGAGAUAGAGAUAAUAGAGAUAUAAGAGAAAAUCGUGAUAAUUCUAUGAGGCAUUCGGAAUGUUCAAAUAUAUCAAAUCAAAAUCUUCAAGAUAACGAUGCUAUAGCUAAGAAGGAUGGGAAACCAAGUCUUGCUGAACGAUUGAGACAAUUAGCAGAUGGUACAUUGCCAAUAGACGAUCGUAUGGAUAGAAAUAUUCGAAGCAAUAGAACCGAACGAAGUAACGAGAGAACAGAAAGAAAUUUCGAAGAAAAUUCUGGAACUCGAAGACCGAACGAUAUGCCAUUGCCCUUGAUGGAUAUACCAAAAUUUGCUGGUAAUGUGCAAGAACGUGUAGAUUUUCCUCCCAGAGGACCUGACUUCCGAGGUGGCCCACAAGAUCCUCGAGAUUAUCAACAAAGAAAUUUAACGGAUAGAGAUAGACAAAAUUUUCAACGGGGAUCUACUGGACCAUUAAGGGGAUCCCAGAUAGAUGAUUUUAUGGAUCCAAGAAUGCAACCUGGAAGAUUCCAAGAUGAUUUUGAAAACAGAUUAGGGCAUAAUGGUCCACGAUCGGAUGAAUUUACGCCUAGAUUAGGACCAUCUAGAGAAGAUUUUGAUCGGUCGGAUAUAAGGAAUCGAAGACCAGUUGAAGAUUAUGAACGAGAUCGUUUCGAAUAUGAAAUGCGACGCGAUGGUUUUGAUCCACGUUUGCAGGAUGGUUUUGAUCCAAGAAGUCAUGGCGAACGACCAGAUUUUGAUCCGCGAAGAAGAGAUUUCUUUGGAGGUCCGAUGGAACCUGUUUUUGGAAUACCACCGAUGAUGGGUUUGCGAGGCCCGAGGGGCCCUGUAGGACCUGAAGGAUUUGGCCCACGUGGCUCUGGCAUGGGAUCAAGAGGUCCAGGACCUUUAAUCUUCCAUCCUCGAGGUAUGGGUCCACGAGGAAUGAGAAUUCGGCCUCCGUUCGGACCACGCGGACCCCCACCGUUCGAUCCUAGAGAAGCUGAUCCAUUCUUCCGGCCACCAUUUGAUGAUGUACGCGGCCCACCAGGUCCACACAUGAGAGCGUUCGGUCCUAUGGGUCCGCCAGCUAUGCACGGUCCCGAAGGACCUUGGAGGAAUCAAGAAGGUGGAGCACCGCCAGGCCCAUGGACAUCCUCUCAAUCUAGUAGUACUCCGGAAACUGAUAAUCACAAUCAGAGAGAAAAUCAUCUUGCACGAGACAAACAAAAAGGAACAAAGCAUACAGAUUAUAAAAACAAUAUUUCAGAUAGAGAAAGUCGUAACAGAAAUAGGAAAUCAAGAUGGGGUAAUGUAAGUCCCCCUAUAACGGAAAAUACAGACGAAGCGACAUCCACUGAAGGAAUUGAUGAUAAGACGGACCUAACACAGGAUGGAAAUUUCGAAAAUAUAGAACCUAAAUCGGAAGUAAUUACCGAAUACAGUCAAUCAGUACAAAUGGAACAUGAUAGUCCUGCUGACAGAGAGCACAUUGAAGAACAGAAUGACGUUCAUCAUUUAAAAAUUGAACAAAGUGAAGAAACCAAUAACGAACUACAUGAAAAUCAAUAUAACGAAGAAGAACAAAGUAGUUCCUACCAAUCUAACGUAGACGCAUCUUCUGGCAAUGAUGUUGAACAAAAUCAGUGUAAUGAUGACAAACAAUGUGAAUAUCAGACAGUCAGUCAAACAGAGGACUCGUCACAGCAAUGUGUAGAGCAAGUUGAAAAAUCUGAGUGUGUGAGUGAAAAUAAUAGUGACCAACAACCAAUUCUGGAGCAAGUAGAUGCUUUGUAAAAGGUUCAACGUUUGAGGACUAACCAAAGUAAAGCAAAGAGAAUCUACGAAUAGAUUCAUGUAAAAUAUGAUUCCAAACAAUACUUUGUACAUAGAGUCAUGUUAUUACGCAGAAAGUGAAAUGAAUUUGAUUAUGUGGACUUGGAGUACUAAACUCUGGAGUGGUGAGGGAGCUGUGGGUCCAGUGAGUUCUUUUAGAAAGUCUUUUUUUAAAGUAUUCAUUUAAAAUACAUACGGAUUUUAAGAUUUCUUCCUGUAUAAAAAACAAAAACAAAAAAUGCUGCUUAGAUCUUGCUGUGAUAGUGAACACAGGACCUAUCUAUUAUGUAAAUAUACAUGCAAAAUGCAAGUAAAGUCUUAGGGAUUUCUUCUUAGAUAACUAUAAAAUUACAUAUUUGCCAUCUGUAUUAAAUGCCAGUUAGUUCUUCAUAAUCUCAUUAAGGACUUGGAUAUAGUUAAUUUUGAAUCAUACAUCAGGUACUGUACAGCGAGAGUAUAUCGUACCUUAUACUCUAAAUAACUAUUAAUUUAUUGAAUUGUACAUACUUUUAUAUUUUCCUAGCAGAACAAAUGAAUGAAUAUAUUGUGCUAACGGUCAUUGCUAAAUCAAAGAAAAAAAAAAAAAAAAAUAAUAAAUAUUUUAUAUAUACUGUCUUUGAUAAAAAAAUAAUGGCCUUCUCAUUCCGAUUUGUGCGUAGCUCCCAGUCUUGCAGUUAUCAUUAAAAUUGAAAAAGCUAUGUAUUAAAAUUACGAUCAGUUUGCCAUGAAUUGUUAUAAAUUAUUAAUAUGUAACCAUAUAUGUGUAUGUAUAUAUGUGUAUAUAUAUAUAUAUAUAUAUACACACAUAUAUAUAUAUAUACAUAUAUAGAUUUGAACUUUUAAUAAGUUUAAAAAAAUUGUUACAUAUUCCUUUACUGGUCCCUACAAAAUUUAUUUUUCUAUUUAAAUGUAAUGAAACACAAGCGUAUUACUUGUCAAUACUUUGUUAUUUCUUAUUCAUGGCACAAAUUCAUUUUAUUCUGCAUGAAAUUUUUUCUAUUUAUCGUAAAAUGAAAUAAACUACAGAAUAAACAAUAUAAUAGGCAAUAUGGUAUUGCAUUAAUGAAGCAAGUAAAAUGAGCUCUGGAUUCCGUACAUACAACUUGGUUCCUGUGUUCACGCACGCACGUUAUUGCACGCCGCAGCGAUGGAAGACUCGUGCUUGCGCUCAAACUGAGUGACAAGUACAAGGUACUGUCUACAUUAUAUUCACAUAAACUAGUCGAAGAAUGUGACACUGACUAUUCAAAAAAAAAAAAAAAAAGAAAAAAAAAAAAGAGGAAAAAAAAUUUGUUUAAAUCAAUAUCAGCCCGCACCACUCCAGACCAAAGCCCAUUUUACAUAUAUAUGUAUGUGUGUGUGUGCGUGCGCGCGCGUGUGUGUUUAUUAUUAUUAUCAUUAUAUAUACAUACAUACAUACAUGCAUAUGUACUACAUAGUGAAUUAUUGUGUAUCUCUCUAACAAUAGGAUAGUGUAAUUGCUUACAGCUCAGAGUAGCGUUACGUAUUGACAAAUGCACUUCCAUUAUUAAAAAGAAAAAAAAAAGAAAAAGAAAAAAAAAAAAAGAAAAAGGAAAAAAAAAGUAUCCCGAAAUUUAAGCAAUGCAUAGUUUUAUAACAAAAUGUAAAUCAUUUUGUUUUUUAUUGAUUGAGAGGAGUACAUUGAUAUAAUUCACUCAAAGUUUAUGGCAAUAAUUUUUCUAACGGUUCAUAUAGAAAUUUGUUUCUAUAUGAACAAUACUUUCCACUUUGAUGUUUAUUUUACUUAGAAAUAAGAUACGUAUAUAAGCAUUUUGCUUUUUUUUUUUUUUUUUUUCCUUGCUUUACUUUGUAUUUUCAAGUUUUUAGGUACUUGCAUAUGUGUGCAAGUAAAGAUACAAUAUAUUUGUAUCUGAAAGAUAAUUAUGCACGUACAGCUUACUAAAAAAUAUAUAAUACAUUUAUCAGAAGUAUUAAUAAAUAAUGGAUUCAAGAAUGAGAAGAAAGAGAAUGUUAAUAACAAUAUUAAUUUAAGUUAUAUAAAAAAAAAAAAAAUGGGAUACGAAUAUAUUACUUAUAUUAUGUUAUUUUAAUGUCUUAAUUAUUCUAAUCAUAUUAGAACAACUCUAACAUGAUUAUUUAGUGAAAGAGUGUAUGAAUAAACUCGAUAUUCACAAUGA